AUGAUGGUGGACACACAGGAUGAGAUGGUCAUUCAGUCGGCCCCGAGCGAGAAAGACCAGAUCGCGGAAAUCAACCCAGACCAACUAGAUAAUGAUGCUGAUAAUCCCGAGAAUGCCAUUUUGGCCAACGAUUUUGAUGCUAUGAAAGAAACCGUUCUACCACCCCUCCUAGAUGAACCUAAGACUUUGGAAGAUGCCGUCAAUACCUGGACAGUGGAAAACUGGAGGGCCCUCUCCAAAAAGGAACACGGUCCAAUAUUCGAAGCUGGUGGAUUUCCAUGGCGAAUUCUUCUCUUCCCAUUUGGCAAUAAUGUCGACCAGUCAUCAAUAUACCUCGAGCAUGGCUUCCAGGAUUCAAGCAGCAUACCCGAUGAUUGGAGCUGUUGCGUACAGUUCGGACUGGUAAUGUGGAAUAUUAACGAUCCUGCUCUAUUCUGCCACCAUACUGCACAUCAUCGUUUUACGAAAGAAGAAAGCGAUUGGGGCUUCACGCGAUUCCUCGAACUUAGGAAGAUGUUUCAGCAGCCAUGGGACAACUCGGGUAGGCCCCUUGUUGAAAAUGACGCUGUCAACAUCACCGCAUACGUAAGAGUAGUCGAAGAUGAGACCGGUGUGCUAUGGCACAACUUUAAUAACUACGACUCCAAGAAAGAAACUGGUUAUGUUGGUCUCAAGAACCAGGGUGCUACCUGUUACCUCAACUCCUUACUCCAGUCCUUAUAUUUCACCAAUGCUUUUCGAAAGGCCGUUUACGAAAUCCCCACGGCAGAAGACGAGAGCAUAACCAACAGUGCCUACACACUCCAGAGGUUGUUUUAUCAGCUUCAGAUAUCAAACUCGGCCGUGGGCACUAACGAGCUCACGAAGUCUUUUGGCUGGGAUACACGGCAUAUUUUUGAGCAGCAAGAUGUGCAGGAACUGUCACGAAAACUCAUUGAGCGCAUGGAAGAGAGAAUGAAGGGUACCGCUGCUGAAGACGCCCUUCCUCGUAUGCUUAGCGGCAAGAUAAAGACGUAUGUAUCUUGCAUCGACGUUGAGUAUGAGUCUAGCCGAAUUGAAGAUUUCUGGGAUAUUCAACUCAAUGUUAGAGGGAUUCCGAAUCUUGAGGAGAGCUUCAAAGACUACAUCCAGCAGGAGACGCUCGACGGCGACAACAAGUAUUGGGCAGGUGAGGAGUUCAAGUACCAGGAUGCUCGCAAGGGUGUAAUCUUCAAGAGCUUCCCAGAAGUCCUACAUUUGCAUCUGAAGAGAUUUGAGUACGACAUUCAACGCGAUACUAUGAUGAAGAUCAAUGAUCGCUUCGAAUUCCCCGAGUUUCUUGAUGUGUCGCCUUACCUAGACCAAGAUGCCGAUAAGUCUGAGCCAUGGAUAUACAAACUGCAUGGCGUUCUUGUGCAUAGCGGAGACUUGAAUGCGGGCCAUUACUACGCAUAUCUGAAGCCCAAUAAGGAUGGUUGGUUCUACAAGUUCGAUGACGACAAAGUCACAAAGGCGACCAUGAGGGAGACGCUUGAGGAUAACUAUGGGGGCGAAUACCCGGCUUCGCUCGUGCAGUCUCGUGCAGGCCUUCAGAAGAAGACACCGAUCAUGCGACAAAUGAGUGCGUACAUGUUGGUGUAUAUUCGGGAAUCUCGUCUAGACCAGGUCCUAACGCCAGUCAAGAAAGAAGAUUGCCCAUCUCACCUGCAAAAGCGAUUGGAUGAGGAGGCGGCGGCUCGCGAGGCGAAGAAGAGGGAACGUGAAGAACAGCAUCUUUAUCUUCCCGUCAAAGUAAUUACGGAGGAGACAUUCAAGCACCACGGAGGCACUGAUCUCACAAAUUUUGACGCUAAUCCCGCAGACGACCCUGCAGCCCCCAAGUUCUACCGCACAAAAAAGCAAACCACUAUUGAGGAACUGACGGCACAGAUUGGUCAAGAUCUUGGCGAGGAUCCUAGAAAAAUACGCUUAUGGAUUAUGGUCAACCGCCAAAACAAGACGACCCGACCCGAUCAGCCGAUCAUGGACCCGAGGCCAACAAUAGAUGAGACUUACCAACGGAUGGCUACCACUACACGAGACUACGCACUUCGAGUAUGGGCAGAGGUUGCGGAAGAAGUCGAUGCCGAAGGCGAGGCUAUUUGGCCCACCUACCAAGGCAAUGCUAAUGGCGUCAUUGUCAAGAAUGACUUGAUCCUCCUAUUCCUGAAACAUUUCGAUGCAGAGAGGCAAACACUUGAAGGUGUUGGUCACAUAUACGUCAGCAAAGAGAAAAAGGUCGAAGAACUUGUACCCAUAAUCGCAAAGAAGAUGGGGUGGGGCGACAAACUUGCGGCGGGAGAGCAAUUAGCCAUGUGGGAGGAGAUCAAGCCAUCCAUGAUCGAUAGCCUCAAGGCAAAGCAAUCCUUAAAAGCUGCUGAGCUUCAAGAUGGCGAUAUUGUAUGUUUCCAAAAGAUCACUGAUCGUAAGUCGGGUGAAAUUCUUGGGAAGAUUCCUCGCCUUGGAGAUAAGAGCUCUGAGGAAAUCUCCAAGCGAUGGGACCGAUAUGAAGAUGCUAAGGGCUUCUACGACUUUCUAUGCAACAAAAGAGAAGUUCGCUUCGAUCCUCAUCCACGAUGCGAGAAGGCGAAUUAUCAGAGCUUCAUUCUUACUCUCAGCACCAAGAUCACCUAUGAUCAACUUUCCGAACGAGUGGGCGAGCAAUUAGGAAUAGAUCCCACCCAUAUCCGAUUCUUCACAGCCAAUGCCUCGACGGGAAGUCCCAAAGCAGCCGUGAGAAGGGCAGUCAGCCAAACUUUAGGCGUCAUACUCAAUCCGAGUGGCUACAACUACACCCAACAGCAGAGCAUGCAGACAAAGCCUAACUCGCUUUUCUUCGAAGUAUUGGACAUGAGCCUCGCAGAGCUCGAUACUAAGAAGAAUGUCAAGGUGACCUGGUUGAGUGAAGGGAUCACGAAAGCCGAAACAUUUGAUGUCUUGGUGAACAAGCAAGGGCAUAUUGAGGACCUUGUUCAAGCUUUUGCAAAGAAGGCCCAAAUCAACGACGAACGGGAAGACGGUCGUAUCAGAGUUUAUGAGAUUCACCACCACAAGUUUUUCCGAGAACUCCCUCCCAACUACCCCGUAAUCAGUAUCAAUGACUACGCAGAUGUGAUUGCCGAAAGGAUUCCAGAGGAAGAAAUAGACGCAGAAGAAAGAGACUUCAUCAAGGUUAUUCAUUUUCAGAACGACCCUAGCCGCGUCCAUGGAGUUCCAUUCAAAUUCCUUCUUAAGGAGGGCGAGGCAUUCUCCGAGACGAAGAAACGACUGGAGAAGCGAACGGGCAUCAAAGGGAAGGCUUUCGAGAAGAUCAAGUUCGCUAUUAUACGACGUUAUCAGAAACCAAACUAUAUUAAUGACGAGGACGUACUUUUUGAUGAGGGGGGCACCAUAGAAGACGAUGUCCUACUUGGGCUAGAUCAUCUGGACCGCACAAGAGCACCGCGAAACGGGGGGGAGAUGUUCCUCAAGUAA